AUGCGUUCCUCCAUCGUCGCUAUCUCGGCUCUUGCCACCGCUGCCCUUGGCGCGAACUCAACAUACUCUUACACCUUCCCCGCUGGUUGGGACAUCGCGCAGGUUGAGAAGGGUGACCUGAGCGCCUGGUGUUCUGCUCAGCGCAACACCUGCCCCGAGAUUUGCAAGGGCACCAAGCUCAACUCAUGUGAUCCCGCUACUUUGAAGUUCAGCUGUGUCUGCAGCGACGACUCCACCCCCGACGUGUCGGAGUACAUCCAGACCGUUCCCUUCUACGUGUGCCAGGAUGCCUACGGCCAGUGCAUCAGAUCGCACCCCGAUGAUGCCGAGGGUCAGCGCGCUUGCAAGAAGGCCAUGAACUGCGGUACCAAGAACGCCAGCGAGAGCAGCACCACCUCUUCAUCUGCGUCCGCCAGCGCUUCUACAACUCUGGCCGUGUCCACCUCUACUGACUCUUCCGCCUCCGCAACCUCCUCCGUGGCUGCCUCGAGCUCCACCGCCGCCAACGCCGCUGCUGCGUUUGGCGACGUGACCCAGUACUCCACUGGUCUCAUGGCCGGCCUCAUGUUCGUGGCUGCUCGCAUGGUCCUGUAA